GGGUUCAAUUUUUUCAUCUCGUAUACGUUCGGUUCGACAAACAAGUUCCACAUCUACUGUGUGUGUGUGUGUGAGUGUGAGUGAGAGAGAGAGAGAGAUCUGUGUGUGUGUGUGGACGAGAUUAAGAAGAUGGCGAGGAGACCGGACGAGGAGUAUGAUUACUUGUUCAAAGUGGUGUUGAUAGGCGAUUCAGGUGUUGGAAAAUCCAAUCUUCUCUCUCGAUUCACCAGAAAUGAGUUUUGUUUGGAGUCCAAAUCCACAAUCGGCGUCGAAUUCGCCACUCGCACACUCCAAGUUGAGGGAAGAACGAUAAAGGCUCAAAUAUGGGACACAGCAGGGCAAGAGCGAUACAGAGCUAUAACCAGUGCCUAUUACAGGGGUGCCCUUGGAGCACUUCUUGUCUACGAUGUAACAAAACCAACAACCUUUGAAAAUGUGAGCAGGUGGUUGAAGGAAUUAAGGGACCAUGCCGAUGCCAAUAUCGUGAUCAUGCUUAUAGGUAACAAAACAGAUCUGAAACAUCUCAGGGCUGUUGCUGUCGAAGAUGCUCAAAGUUUUGCCGAAAGAGAAGGCCUUUCUUUCAUUGAAACAUCUGCUUUAGAAGCUAUAAACGUUGAGAAAUCCUUCCAAACAAUUCUUGGUGAGAUUUAUCGAAUUAUUAGCAAGAAAUCUAUAUCUGCUGGUGAGCCAGGACCUGCUAGCAUCAAACAGGGUGAGACCCUUGUGGUUGGAGCUCAGGAUGCCAAUACGAAGAAGCCUUGUUGCUCUUCUUCUUAAUCAUUUUGUCAGAAACUUGUUUGAAUUUUUCUCUUGUUGAAUUGUGUUUUUUGGUUCGUUAUUGUGUGGUUAAGCCCGAGGUACAUUACAGAUUCUAGUCGAUUUCAAUUUCCCACUUGGUGCCGUUUCAUUCAUGCUCUUUCGGUAUUCAUGCACUUUUGCUGUGGUUUCAUCGUUUAGGGCUGCAAUUUGCCUGUAUGAAUGUCAUGUACUCUAUUUUCAUUGUGUCA